AAGAGAAAAAGAAGAAGAAAUGGAAAAAAAACGGUCCACUGGUGUUGUGGAGUAAAUGGUGAACGGAGACGACGAGGUCCUCCUUAACAGUUAACUCCCCAUCUCUCUCUCUCUCUCUCACAUACACAGCAAUUCCAGAUCUUUCUCACUCUCUCUCUCUCUCUCUCUAGAAUCGCUUUUGUUUCCGAGAUCAAAUUUGCCGUUUUUCGUGUUCGACACAAAGCAGAAUGUAAUAUUCAGUUUCGCAAUCGCAGAUUCCGAUUGAUUUCUAUGGCUUCUGUCAAUAGGUGAUUGGGAUUUCUGAAUUGAAUUGGCGUUCGUAUGAGCGGGUGAUGGUAAGAAGAGUGGAAGUUAAUAACAGGAAGAAGAAAAAGAAGAGGAGGAGGAGGAGGAGGAGAGGGCAGUGAUAUGUCUUGUGGAGGCGGCGGCGGCGGCAGCGAUCGAUGUAGUUGCGGGAAAGCCGGGGGUGUGGCCGUGAAUUUGCAGAGAAUGAGCUCGAUUGUGCGCGACAUUGGCGAGCCCUGCCUCUCUCAAUCGCCUAUCAAGGUUUCUGUAGUCGCAAACAAAAUGCUAAAGCCGGAGAAGUGGCAUGCCGCAUUUGACAGUGAGGGAAAGAUUUUUUGUUUUCAGAAGGCACUUAAACGAAUAGUUUUGGGGGGUGUGGAUCCAUCUAUUAGGCCAGAAGUAUGGGAAUUUCUACUUGGUUGUUAUGCGCUUGGUAGCACUGCAGAUUAUCGAAGGCAAUUAAGGACAGCCCGAAGGGAACAUUAUGAAAACCUGAUGAAGCAGUGCCAAAUGAUGCAUUCCAGCAUUGGAACUGGUUCGCUUGCUUAUGUCGUGGGAUCUAAAGUUAUGGAUAUGAGGGCUCCAUCAAGUGAUAACGGAAUAACAGAACCCGAUACUGAAACAAAACGAUCUUCUGUUGAUAAUGCUAACAAAGUAGAGGGUACAUGCUAUAGAAAUAAUGAUACAGAGAUGUCAUUUGCAUGUCAUAGUGAAAGUUCUAGUGAUUCAGGUGACCUCAUCAGUGUGAGAGGAAGUUCAGGGACUGCAGCAUGCGAAUCUUCUCUGUUCAAAGAGACUUCUUGUUCGCAGAACUACAAUACCCUAAAUCUGGAGAGAGAAGGAGAUGGAUCACAGGGUUUAUAUCUUGAUUUUCCUCCUUUACCAGUCACUGAUUUAUUCGGAAAAAGUGAAGAAGAUAAGAAAGAAGGCAACGUGCAGAAUGGAAAACUUUCUCAACAUAAAUUGAGAUGUAAAGAUAAUCGAAUGCACAGUUUUCAAAUCAAUAAUAAUGUAGACUUAGUUAUUGAAUUAAAUACCUCACCAUCUAACAAAGUCUCACACCCUGUUGACUCUGAAAUUGAAAUGGCUCGUGCUGAUGUCCGUGAACCAAUAUUGCAGUCCAGUAAUAUUGAUAAGAAGACCGAAGUAGUUAACAGAAUGAGAAUAUCAGAUGUACCGGAAGCAGACUUUGUAGAUGGAACUUUGCCUCAAGGAGAGGCCGUGAAUAAAGAUAGAGUAUCUGAAUGGCUUUGGACUCUCCACCGAAUAGUUGUUGAUGUUGUGAGAACAGAUAGUCAUCUCGAGUUCUAUGAGGAUACUAGAAAUUUAGCUAGGAUGUCAGAUAUUCUUGCUGUUUAUGCAUGGGUUGACCCUGCAACUGGUUACUGUCAAGGUAUGAGUGAUUUGCUGUCUCCUUUCAUUGUUCUGUUUGAGGAUGAUGCUGAUGCAUUUUGGUGCUUUGAGAUGCUUUUAAGAAGAAUGCGUGAAAAUUUUCAAAUGGAAGGACCAACUGGAGUGAUGAAGCAGUUGCAAGCAUUGUGGCAUAUAUUGGAACUCACUGACAGAGAAAUGUUUGCUCAUCUAUCACAUAUAGGUGCUGAAAGCCUUCAUUUUGCUUUCCGGAUGCUGUUGGUACUCUUCCGCCGGGAAUUGCCAUUUAAUGAGGCUCUCUGUAUGUGGGAGAUGAUGUGGGCUGCUGAUUUUGAUGAAUCCUUGGUUCAUGACUUAGAGGAGAAUUGUCUAGAAGCAUUGGUCAUAGAACUUCCAAGGGAUUCUGAAUCUGAAAUGAGGGAUGAAAGUGUAGAGAGCAGUAGAAGUACUACUAAAGGGAGCUUACAGACAAAUCAUGAAAAUGUUGACUGGUCCGUGACUGCUGAGAAUGGAAUAAAAUCGGCAGCAACCCAUCACUUCUGUGGCUUGACAAGGCAUUUUUGGUCAAGGAAUGGUACCAUGCAGAUCGCUGCUGCAGUAUCAUCAACUAAGAGAGGGGAUGAUGAGUUACCUGUCUUUUGUGUUGCAGCAAUCCUUAUCAUGAACCAUCAGAAAAUCAUUAGAGAGACCCGUUCAAUUGAUGAUAUGAUAAAGAUUUUCAACGAUAAGAUACUGAAGAUUAGUGUAAAAAGAUGCGUACACACUGCAAUCAAGCUUCGGAAAAAAUAUUUCUACAAGCUUAUCAAAAGAAAGAACGCUGCAGCAAGGAAUGGUAACUAAUGUGAUCAUAUGAAAAAUUGAUCAUUGGAAAGGCGUUGUGAUUGGUUUUGCAAAUUGUAUUAGUAGUUCUCAGUAUGGCAAUGCAAGUAGAAUUGCUUAAAACUGAAGUUCUACUGACAAUUUGCUUCCUUUUACCACUUCGUUUUUAUCUCCUUGACAUCCUUUGCAAGUGAAGAGAGUAUAAAUGGUUAAUUGCGCAUCAAGGCUCGAGCAGUUAGAUACGAUGGACAUCUCACAGGUCUGACGAUUGUUAUUAAUCUUUGUGUAACUUAAUUUGGAGAGAAAGUUUGUACUCAGAAUUUUGUUAGCUUAUACAUUUGCAAAUGCAAAUACACACACAAGCACAUAGAGUGAUCUCAGUUAUUGGAAAGUUGAACAAGAAAUAGAACAAAUAGAAUUCAAAUACCAAACUCAUAAUUUUUGGAUCUUUGUUGAAUAAUCUUAUUUGUGAAUAGAAAACUGUAAAGAUGUCUU